UUCCAUCUCCAAAAUUCCCUGACAACAUAACAAUGCGUCACAUGAUUGUACGUAAGCGCCAGCGGUUGAAGUAAACACACAACAAGAUGGCAUCGCACCGGGGAGGAGGCGAUAAAGGCAAUACUGCAGACCAGAUAGUGGAAGUAGGAACUGUUUUGUUACAAGAUUUCAUCUACGAGCGAGUUCAGCGGCAUGGAAAUGGAAACACUGCAGUGACCAGGGCACAGCUGGGUGGAGGAGAGCUCGACCCUAAACACAAGAAGCUUGCCCAGUGCCUGCAGCAGAUUGGCGAUGAGCUGGAUGGAAAUGUAGAGCUUCAAAGGUGAGCUAUCUUGUUGUGCUAUUUGGAACUGAUGAACAGAAAUCAUCAGAAAAGCGUUUGUUUACUAAAAUGAAUAAUGAUCUGUCGGAUUUAGAGUAAACACCAUCAAAAGUACUUUGUCACUAACACAUGCACAGAGGUCUGUCUGUGCCCAGUUGAGAUGUUGUAUCUUGCCUCUUGCUUCCACUACAUUUCAGAGGAGGAAUAGAAAGUGGCAGAGGUCCAAAAAUAAAAUACACUCUUUGCUAUAUUGUCCAUUACACAAUAUUAGCUUUCCCUAAAAAAAAGUCUGCAGAGUCUCUUGAUUAGUUUUCUGUCUAAUGCACUUGACUUCAGCACUUGUUUGCUCAGUAUGGAUUAAAUGCAUACAAACAGCGUAGCAGGGUGCUUUAUGUUUGAUGUGUUGAAGGCACAGUAUGUGUCUUAAAAGUAUCUCUGAUGUCUUAAUUUUUAAGGCAGG